UCUAGUUUGGUAAAGCGUAGAGUGAGGCGUGCGUUGUUGUGGUUCGAACCUUAGGUUCAGUCGGGAAGUGGCGGCCGCUUGGCGCUCUAGUCUGGGCCUGGGAAUGCAGUCUCGGCCGGGCACCACCUAGAGUAAUAGGGCGCCCUCGGCUAGGUUCAGGCCGAACCUGCUAUUCUUGCGAAAGCAAAAUACCCAAAACCUUCAAAGGCUAAAAAACAAACAGACCGACACUGCGUAACUGCGAAUUCGAAAGAAUUUUCUAUUAUUGCCGCGCUAUUUAUUGCGUUAAGUGACUGAUUACAAAUCCGUGAGUUUAAUCUUCAAUGGUUUUAUCGCUGUGGACCAUGUGAAUGAAAAUAAGUAGUCCGAUCUGAGCAGGUGAAGAAUAUAUGAACCAUGAAAUUUCAAUAUUAGAAUGCGCUGAAGCUUGAGCCGUAUCUACGACAGGAUAAGAUUCGAGUAUAGUCGAACUUGACGAUUUAAAUUUGGUGUGUUUAUAGCUGAUUCGACAAUGCCAGGUGCGAUCAACUCAUCCAGAAACUCCUCAUUGUUGUGUACGUUUAAAGGUUUAGCGCUGCUACCAAUUUUAGCCAUCUCCGCUACUUCUGCUGUAACUAUCAAAGAUGUGCAGGUUCCGCGCUACGUGGAGAACGCAUCAGCCAGCAUUGACUUCACAUGCGAAUUCGUUCGCGGAGAGAUGGAUGAAAAUUUGGUCUUACGAUGGGUCCACUCCGGGGACCGGUCUCCCGUAUUUACGUGGAUACCAGAGCAAGAUAUAUUCCAAGUUUUCGGCGUCUUCGAGGGUCAUGUUUCCGUUGACGAAGCACGCAAGAUGUCCUCCACAAAAAGUGAAGAUCUGACAAGUAAAUUCGGAGUUCGUCUACGACAGCCUACAACUGUACACGAAGGCACCUACAAGUGUUACGUCACGUCGGUAGCAAACAGUGAUGAGCGUGACCAACAACUCAUAAUCUACGUGAAUCCUCGUGACACGAAACUGUACUACAAUAUUGAACGACAUAUGAUGACCUGCCGUAUCCAGGGCGUCUACCCAGUUCCCAAAGUGAUUCUCUAUCGUUCGUCGAAAAAGGGUGACCUUAUCGAAGAAACUAAAUACGUGAAACGAGAAGAUAAAAAAAACGAAGAUGGUACUUACGACAUUGUCGUGAGGAAGUAUAUAGCACAGCCUCCUCCAGAACGUUUCGAAUGCUGGACAGUCCUGGACGUCAAUUAUAAGGUGUUAGCUAAGGCACAUUACACGCCUGGUGAAGGCUCCAUUUUGGAGAAUGACUCUAGUGGAAUAGAGGCAGGACCUAAUGGACGCUUCAUAUAUCUAAUCGUUUUAUGGAUAGCACUAACCGGAACGCUUACCUUACUGUUGACGUUAUAGAGACACGUAACAUUAAAGAUUGCCAAAUAAAUCUAGGUCUAUUUAUGUAAGCAAUUUAUUUGUUGUGAGCAAUUUUUGUUUGAUCAU